GGCACUGACGGCAAAACAAUGGCGGCCCCCGGUGGGAAUGAUUAGAUUAAUGUUUUGUAAUACCUCUCUUCACAGCAAUUCACCUAUUGUUCUGAUACUUCGUGACGGAUCACAUUGUUAAUUCUGAUAUGAGGGCAGUUGUUGUCAUGAAACUUUGACAUGUUGGCACAGAAACUGCACCUGCUCCGACACAACGUCCUGUCAUUUGUAUCCUCUCGGACUGGCAGUGACCUCACCAGGCGCCAGUAUGAUGUCAUCGUAGUGGGGGGAGGACAUGCUGGGACUGAGGCGGCGGCCGCAGCAGCCAGAUUGGGGGCAGAGACUCUCCUCAUUACCCAGAAGAUCAUGACUAUCGGGGCCCUCUCCUGUAACCCAUCUCUGGGGGGCGUGGGGAAAGGCCAGCUGGUGAGGGAGGUGGAUGCUCUGGACGGUCUGUGUGGGCGAGCAGGCGACUCGGCCGGGGUCCACUUCUCCAUCCUAAACCGCAGCAAAGGGCCCGCUGUGUGGGGACCCCGGGCACAGCUGGACCGGGAACGCUACCGCCAAUUCAUCCAGUCAGAAUUGCUGUCCACUCCCAGGCUGACAGUGUUGGAGGGCUCAGUGGAUGAGUUGCUGGUGUCACAACCCAACCCAGAGGAGCCUGGACACCACAGAGUCACUGGGAUAAGACUGGUCGAUGGAAGCCACCCCAUCUUGUCCAGCUCAGUGGUACUUACCACUGGCACUUUCCUGUCCGGCUCCCUCUUCAUGGGCCAAACCAACUCUCCCGGGGGGAGGAUGGGGGAUGCUCAAUCAUGUGCCGGACUUUCAUACACACUGAAAGAGACAUUGGGGUUGAAGGUGGGUCGGCUGAGGACUGGCACACCCCCUCGGAUAGUGAAGGAGUCCGUGGAUCUGUCCUUGGCUCAGCUCCAAGCCCCGGACAAACAGCCCACUCCCUUCAGUUUUCUCAACACCCACACCCGCUGCAAGCCAGAAGAGCAGCUCCCCUGCUAUCUGACCCACACCACGCCUGGAGUGGAGAGAGUGGUCAGGGAGAGUGUCCACCUCAACUGUCACAUACAGCAGGACACCAAAGGUCCCAGAUACUGUCCUUCCAUCGAGUCGCGGGUGCUGCGGUUUCCGGGGCGAAGGCACCAGGUGUGGCUGGAGCCGGAAGGUUUGACCUCUGACCUGUUGUACCCCCAGGGCUUGUCCAUGACCAUGCCCCCUGACCUGCAGCUCCGCCUCCUUAGGGAGAUCCCCGCCUUGCACCGAGCCGAGAUCCGCACUCCUGGUUACGGGGUGCAGUAUGACUUCGUGUGCCCCACCCAGCUGACCCCGUCUCUGCAGGUGAAGAGCACGCAGGGGCUCUUCCUCGCGGGUCAAAUCAACGGCACCACGGGCUACGAGGAAGCAGCCGCACAAGGCUUGUGGGCGGGGGUGAAUGCAGGUCGGACAGCCCUCUCCCUGCCCCCCAUGGCACUGUCUCGUACCCAAAGCUACAUCGGGGUGCUGAUCGAUGACUUGGUGGGCCGAGGGGUGACAGAACCUUACCGCAUGUUCACCAGCCGCGCCGAGUUCAGAACCUACCUCAGGCCCGACAACGCAGAUCUCCGUCUCACCCCCAGAGGGUUUGAGGAGGUGGGCUGCGUGACUUUGCGGCGAUACAAGAAAGCGGUAAGUGUGAGGGACGGCCUCCAGGAAGCCCUGAUGGCCCUGCAGUCCGUGGCGCUAUCCUCCACCCGCUGGAGAGAGAAGCUGGGCAACAUCAGCCUGAGUGAGAACAAGAGCACCACCUUAAAUGGUUUGGAUCUGUUGCAAUACAAAGAUGUGUCUUUUGAAAUGUUGGCCUCCGCAUUCCCAGAGUGCCUUUCACAAUAUGUUGAGUACUCACAACGACUCAAGAUUGAAGCUGUUUACAGACCCCACUGCGAGAAGCAGAGUCGAGAGAUGGAGAGAAUACGGAGCGAGGAAAGUCUGUCUCUCCCCUCUGACAUGGACUACCUCUCCUUACCAGUGUCCCUCUCUCAGGAGGUCAGAGAGAUACUGGACCGAGUCAGGCCCAACACUCUGGGCGCUGCUACUCGUCUACCAGGCAUGACGCCUGCUGGGAUCAUCCACCUUCUCAACUAUGUCAUCAGGACCGGGCAGAGGAACAGACACACAGAGCACAGAAACCGAUCGAGCCAAAAAGAGGGGGGAAAGGGACAGCUGUGUGCAAGCAACAUACCGAUAUCUCAGUGAAAUAAUGACUAAGAAAAAAAUAAAUGUACAAAAAUGAACUAUGGUAGUUUAGGAAAUCAUCAAUGUUUAAUUUUAAAUGACCUGAGAUUUCAAACCAAACAAUUGUGCCCAAUUUCACUAAUUUAAUCUAUUCAGCCUCACAAACAGUAACAAAAAAAUCCAACAUGCAGGCUAAAUUGAUUAUCAAGUGAACAUUUCUAGUUCUGUAACAAACAUUUUAGUGAAACCAGCACAACAGUAGUAGUGCAACCAACAUUAUAUCCCACGUGACCUUUUUGAGGUCACUACUGUUGGUGGUGACAGUCUGUCCAUCCAGCUCGCCUGUCCCUCUGGAGAAGAAGUCAAAUGGAAAUUUCCACUUGGGCUGUGGCGUUCCCCUGGGGGGUUCUGGGUAGACUGUAGUGUCAACAAACAUCACCUCUGUGGUCACAGCGAAAGGCGAGACGAGGGGACACUGAAGAGGAGAAAGACCGUGUGCAGGGGUAAGAAGGUGUUUGAGAGGCAUUCCAGGUCAUUUAUUUUGCAGUGACAUGUCUCAGAAGACUGUAGCUAUAUCAUAUUCAUGUGGUUCCAGAGAAGUUCAACACUUCUGGCUGUAAAAUCUGCUCAGCACAGAUACAGAAAUGAUUAUACAUAAAACCCUUGAGGAUUAUGCACACGUUAUUGGGAUAGUUUACCGAAAUGACACGUUUCAUUGGUGAACUAUCCCUUUAAAAUAGCAAAGGAAGUCAUAGGACACGCACCAGUUUAAACUACAUUAACCGGGACUAGAGCAGGGGUAUUCAAGUCUUACCCUAUGAGGAUCAGACUAUUGCUGCUUUUCUGUUUCUACCUGAUAAUUAAAUUGCACCCACCUGGCAACGCCAGGUCAAAAUAAGUCCCUGGGGACUUAUGGGGAGGGAAAAAAGCAGUGGAACUGGAUUUGAGGUCCAGAUUUGAAUUUGAGGGGAUUAUAAGAUAUUGAGGGAGCUCAAACUGUUCAACCACUGCAAGAGGAGACAUGCUUGACCCUUACCUUGACCUUCUGACAGUGGAAGAGGUAUUUGGCCCCUAGAAUGUAGUUCUGGGGAAAGGCCAGGAGACCUGUCUGAGCCCACAGCACCUGGACUGACAGGGAGUGGGGGAGGAGACACCCGGACUCACACGACUCCUCCGGAGACUGAGGGAAGAGAGAAGACAUUUAUAUAUGUGUAGAAAAUCCCCCUGUUGAGGGACAAUCUUCUGUAUAUUGCACAAUCAUCGGUUGCACACGGCCUUGUGCUCCCUCUCGUGGUUUCACAGACUUAAUUAAUCUGCUGCAUUUCUUCUGAUGCAAGCCUGCAUCUGUCAGCAGCUCCAUAUUAGAGAUGGUCCUUGCUAUCCGGGAUCAUUGGGACAUCCCUACACCAUUGACAUUUAAAAUUAGGGGUUAAGGUUAGGGACAAUUCAAGGAUCCCAGAGAGCAGUAACCAUUUAGGGAUGGUUUGAAAUUUACCGAAUGGAGACCUGGAGGAAGGUCAUUAUUUACAUUUUUUUUACUUCAAAAAGGGGGAGGGUUUAGGUUUUUUUUUUGUUAAAAAAAUCAAUUAAAAAAAAUCUAGUCCA